AUGAGUGAAAUAAUUGAUGAAGAGGACGAUAGAACAGCACGUUCAAAUUCUUCAUCCACAACUAACGAACAUCAAGAUAUCAAUCGACGUUUAUCAGAAAUUAAGAGUCAAAUUCAAACGCUACUUCGUCAGCGGAAAAAAUAUGAUGAUGAAAAAAUUACACAAGACAAUCAUUUCAUUGUUAAUGAAAUGGUUGAGUUACAGAAAGAAUAUCAAGAUAUAAAUAAACACAUUAUUCGAAAUAACUCCAUCAAAAAACAAUUAAGAGCGCAAAUGUCAAAUCUACGAUCACGAUCAAGAGCACGAUUUUCAUCACUUACAACAGCACUGAAAGAUAAACAACGGUAUGAAGAUGAAUUAAAACGGCGUGACAAAUCAGAACAAUAUAGAGAAUUGGUGAAAAAUAAUCUUGCAGCUGUUGAUGCUGCUUUACCACUUUUGAAAGAAGAAGCUGAAUUACAAGCGCGUAUAACAACAUCAGAGGACGCACAAAAAAUAGCUACAGAUAGAAGAGAUAAAAUACAAGACGAUUUGAAUAAAUAUCAAAUGAAACGUAAAGAAAAUGAAGUACUGUUAGAUGAAAGUGCUGAAAAAAGACCAAUUCUUGAUAAAAAAAUUGAGCAACUUCGAAUAGAACGAGAAGCAUUACUAAAGUUUACUAGAACAUCUAAAAAACGUCGUAAAUCAUCUGUAAAUCGUUUAUCAUCUUCGGACACAACAAAUAGUGGAGGAUUUAGUAAUGAAUCAAAUCAGUUAAAAGCAUUAGAAGAAGAAAAUAUAGUUAUUGAAUGUCGUAAAACAGAAGAAAAACUUGCUCAGAUAAAAACAAUGAUUUCUUAUUUACGUGAACAAAUGUCCGAACAUGAUUUGAUUGACACGCCCUUAUCUGGUGGCGCUAUCGAUUUAAUUUCACCAUUAUUUCUUUCACCCACAACCACCUCCAUAAAUGAACAUAUACUUGAUGAUGAACAAACGGAAUUAUCAUACAAUGAUUCUGAUUCAGUCAUUUUAUCUACAUAUCCGACACCACCAGUCACAUCAAAAUCACCUCCCGUCACUAUUGCCAUGAAAUUACCGAGAAACUUUCCACCAUUACGUUUAACAAAAUCCCAUAAUAAUGAUAAUGACGGUAAUGAAAUAAUGAGUAGUUAUUCAUCACAGACACCAUCAAAUGAUAUCAUCCAUUCACCCUACUAUGAUAAAAAAUGGGUCGAAUAUAAGAAAGAACUUGAUAAUGAUAUACUGAACAAAUAUGGAGGUUCAACAACAACAAAAAAAGGAAACAUGAAAAAAUCGGGCAAGAAGAAUAAAAAGACAUUCGCUAUAAAGCAUACAAGUCAAAUGUUACAAUUAUACAAUACAAUUCGUUCCUCGUAUCCAGAUACCAUGCAGUCAAUGCCAAUGUAUGAAUAUGAAAUCAAACCAGCCUUAAAAACCCUGGAAUUUAUUCAACAAAGUUUAGAAUCUUAUUUGAACGAAUUAGAUCACCGAAAACUGAGUCCUUCAUCCACUGUAACACGUGAAACUACAGCAGAAGAAGAGGAUCGAAAUCUCCCACUAGAUGACGAACAGGAAAGUGAUGAAAUUAUUCAAGAAGAACAAGAUGAGCAUGUUUUAUCGUCUGCUGUUGAUUCAGCUGUCGAAGACAAUUACUCAGAAACGUCGUCACUUGAUUUACUACCACAAGUAAAUUUACCGGCUCUGUCCUUUUUACCUCUGAUCAAGGAACAACGAUCAUCUUCAUCAUCUUCAUCGAAAAAAGCAACAAAUUCGCCACCAUCCACAACAACGUCUUCACAUAGGCAAUCUAUAUCCGCACCGUCACAACCUCAACAAGAUGACGCAUUUUUGCCACCAGUCGAUGAAGAUCCUCACCCAUCAGUCAUUACGGCCGUCUCUUUACCACCAAAUAUAUUCAAUAUUGAUCGACAAAUAUCAGAUGAAGGUUACCGAUCUUGUCGUGGUGGUCGAGGAGGUGGUGAUUGCACACCUGGUCAACAACAUUUACAACAGCAAAGUGGUGCCGUUAGACCAACUCUAUGUCGUUCAAAGAGCUAUGAUUCUUCCGAAAAAGUUGAUCAUUGGUUGCAGCAGCAUGCACCAUCAACUAAACAACCAUUGUCUUUACAUCAGAGUAGCGGAAGAAAUCGACAACAGAGAAAAGUAUUCUCUGAUGAAUAUUAUCGUUUUCGUCCAACGACUGAUGAUAAUGAUUAA